CUGCUAGAAUAUAUAUAUAUAUAUAUAUUAUUUUUUAAUUUUUUUUAUUAUUCUACCAUUUUCAUUUCUAACCAGCUAAGCUAUGAAAGCUGCCAUAUUGUCCUUGUGUUAUUUUUAACAAAAACCCCUUGUUCUUUUUCAACUGCCUAACUUCUUCCUUCACACACACACACAGACACACACACACAAGGAUUGACACAAAACCAAAUUCAAGAUUGUUUUUUUUUUUUUUGGGUGCGUGUCUUUCUCUAUAUGUAAUCACAUCAGUAUUCAAUCUCUAUCUCCUGUUUAAAAAGCCCGGAUAACAUAUCAUCUUGGAAUCUUCUUUCAUGACUGGUUUUUAAGUUAGUUUAUUGGAACUCAGUGUUUUCAUUGAUUUGGGUGAAUAAAGAUGCCUGGAAUUGUUAUGGAUGGAAUUGAUGAGGAAGGAAUAGUGAAUGAAAUGAAUGGAAAUUCAGUGCCGAUGAAGGACAAUUCUGUGCCUUAUAAGUCCCCAAGGAGAAAAUCGAGUCCGCACAGCCGUCGCAGUACUGGCCUAGAUCCUCCUAUAGAUGGAGUUUCUGUUUAUGGAGUGGCAGUUGAUGGGGUACUUGACACCUCCAUCGAGCAGCUUUAUGAGAAUGUGUGUGAUAUGCAGAGUUCUGAUCAGUCUCCCUUAAGGCAUAGCUUUGGAUCUGAUGGUGAAGAGUCUAGGAUUGAUUCUGAGUUGCGCCAUCUGGUAGGAGGAGAGAUGAGAGAGGUUGAGAUAAUGGAAGAGGAAGAGGAAGAGGAAGAGGUAGAUAAACCAGAACUUGGCACUCAUAGCAACUCUUCUUCCAAGAAGGGAAGUUCAUCAGGGAGCAAGAAGUCGGGGAACUUGGACAAGACCAAAUCUGCAAGCACCAAGUCUGUCUCUUCAAGAACCUCAAAGAAGCCUUUGGACUCUGAAGCAUCAUCGAAGUUGACUCCUAAGGGAAAAUGUCCUCCAGAGAAACCUCCUAUUGACAAGCAGAAUGAUAAGAAUUUGAAAAAAGGAAAUGUGGGAGUCAGAUUGAUGAAGAAACAAAGAAAUUCUUCACUGGGAGGAGUAAAGUUACCGAAUGGAACCGAGGAUUCAUCAGAAUCGGGUUUAGAUAAUCCAGAUCUUGGACAAUUUUUGCUAAAGCAAGCAAGGGAUUUGAUUUCUUCAGGGGAUAAUCCCCAGAAAGCUCUUGAAUUAGCUCUUCGAGCAUCUAAAUCAUUCGAAAUAUGUGCAAAUGAUAAACCCAGUUUAGAAUUGGUAAUGUGUUUGCAUGUCACAGCAGCUAUACACUGCAGCAUAGGCCAGUAUAGCGAGGCCAUUCCCAUUCUUGAGCAUUCAAUUGAGAUUCCAGUGCCCGAGGAAGGCCAAGAGCAUGCCCUUGCCAAGUUUGCUGGUUACAUGCAGUUGGGUGAUACUUAUGCGAUCCUGGGCCAGCUUGAGAAGUCAACAAAGUGCUACUCAACAGGAUUGGAAGUGCAGAAACAAGUUCUGGGAGAAACUGACCCUAGAGUUGGCGAGACUUGUAGAUAUUUGGCUGAGGCCCAUGUUCAAGCAUUGCAGUUUGAUGAUGCGCAGAAGGUUUGCCAGAUGGCUCUAGACAUUCAUAGAGACAACGGUUCUCCUGCUUCUCUAGAAGAGGCAGCGGAUCGACGGCUUAUGGGUCUUAUAUGUGAAACAAAGGGAGAUCAUGAAGAUGCUCUUGAACAUCUUGUGUUAGCCAGUAUGGCCAUGGUGGCAAAUGGCCAGGAAGCUGAGGUGGCCUGUGUUGAUUGUAGCAUCGGAGAUGCGUACUUAUCUUUGUCUAGGUAUGAUGAGGCUAUUUUUGCUUAUCAAAAAGCACUCACAGCUUUUAAGAUAACAAAAGGAGAGAAUCAUCCAUCUGUUGCUUCAGUUUUUGUUCGUUUGGCUCAUUUAUGUAACAGAACUGGGAAGUUGAGGGACUCAAAAUCAUAUUGUGAGAAUGCCCUUGGGAUUUAUGAAAAGCCCUUGCUAGGGAUCCCUCCAGAGGAGGUUGCUAGUGGUCUCACUGAUGUUUCUGCUGUCUAUGAAUCAAUGAAUGAGCUCGAUCAGGCAAUCAAGUUGCUAAAGAAGGCGUUAAAGAUAUAUAAAGAUGCACCUGGUCAACAAAGCACAAUUGCUGGAAUUGAAGCUCAAAUGGGUGUCAUGUACUACAUGCUGGGAGAUUAUUCCGAAUCUUACAACUCCUUUAAGAACGCAAUUUCAAAGCUCCGUUCAAGCGGAGAGAAGAAAUCUGCUUUCUUUGGCAUUGCUCUCAACCAAAUGGGUCUCGCCUGUGCGCAGCGCAAUGCUAUAAAUGAGGCUGCAGAAUUGUUUGAGGAAGCCAAGAUUGUUCUGGAACAAGAGUGUGGACCUUAUCACCCUGACACUCUUGGGGUAUAUAGCAAUCUUGCAGGCACUUAUGAUGCAACGGGCAGGUUGGACGAUGCAAUUGAAAUCUUAGAGUAUGUUGUUGGGAUGAGGGAGGAAAAGCUCGGGACAGCGAAUCCAGAUGUUGUUGAUGAGAAAAAAAGGCUGGCCGAGCUGUUGAAAGAAGCCGGCAGAGUUCGGAGCAGAAAAGCCAGGUCACUGGAGAACCUCCUUGAUGACAACUCUCAUGGCAUAAACAGUGAUGGCAUUUAGGUAUUGUAAAGAUGCUACAUGUGUAGCUGUAUUUAUUCAAAUGGAACACAAUGUGUUAUAGGAGUUGAUUCAAGAAGGAAAAGAAGAAAGGCAUAGGUUCUUGGUGUUCUCAUAGAUUCAUACUUCGAAACAACUGCAGGCAUGGAUUUGGUUGUCUUCUUGAUUUUCAUUUUCAUAUUUAUUUAUUAGUUUUUUGUGCUCCUCGUUGUUUAUUACGUUUAAAUCUUUGAUAAUAGUAAAUGCUAUUAAUUUUUCUUUA